UAAGAUGAAUCAGCUUAGUUUCGACCUGUUGCAGUGGUAAGUUCGCGGAUUUUCAGGAAGUCUCCCGGAACAUUGAUAAAUUUCCCUCUGGCUCUGUUGAAAAUAUGUGUGCAAAUUAUGUUGUUAUAUUGAAGUUUAACAGGACACUUUAUCAAAUUAGACUAAAUUAAUGUUCAACAUUUCAGAUUAGUAUAUUUUACAGGAAAUCAAGAAGAAUAUAUAAAACUAAUCGUAUGUUUGAUAGAAGAAGGAAUAAAGGUUUUUAUAUAUACAUACUGUCCAUAAAAACAUUUGCUACUUAUACCGCCUACGGUAGAUUCAAUUUUGAUGAUAUCAUCAACUUUGUUUCAGAUAGGACUUUGUGUGGGUUAAAACAUCAUUCAUCAGUGUCUACAAUCAAAAGUAAUACACCAUUAAAAUGCGUUUGAGUCCGAUAGAUCCUUGUUCGUAUUCAAAUGCCCACGAGCUGAUUAUUCAUCACGUUGAACUCGAUUGGAAAAUUGAUUUUGAGAAAUCAACAAUCUCGGGAAAAGUUUUACUAUAUUUCAAAACUCUGAAAGAUGACGUCGAGGAAAUCUUUCUAGACUCUAGUGAACUGAAUAUCUUAUCCGUACUAGCUAAAACGUCGGCUGGGGAGAUACCUUUGAAUUGGGAUAUUGGAGCGCAUGUUGAAAAUCUUGGCUCGAAGCUUACAGUGUACUUGCCCACGAAGACAACCGGUGAACUGAUUGUAGAAAUUCAAUACGAGACAGACCCUAACGCAAGCGCUCUCCAAUGGCUAACAGCGGAACAAACGUGUGGGAAGCAGUAUUCGUAUUUGUUCAGCCAAUGUCAAGCGAUUCAUGCUCGAUCAAUAAUUCCUUGUCAGGAUACACCUGCCGUAAAAUUUACAUACAAGGCAACUGUCCACCACCCGCCGUACUUAGUCGGUUUGAUGAGUGCGGUUAAAAAGAAUUCGGAUCCUGGGGUUUCGUGUUUCGAACAAACGAUUCCAAUUCCAAGCUAUUUACUGGCAAUUGUAGUAGGGGCACUUGUGGAAAAACCAAUAGGACCGAUCUCCAGCGUUUGGGCGGAAGAAGAACAAAUUGAUGAGGCGGCCGAAGAAUUUUCUCAGACGGCAGAUUUUAUUGCCAAAGCUGAAGAAAUAUGUGGACCGUACGUUUGGGGUCGUUAUGAUUUAUUGGUAAUGCCUCCGAGCUUUCCAUUCGGUGGAAUGGAGAAUCCGUGUCUAACAUUUGUGACACCGACUCUCUUGGCUGGUGACAAAUCAUUGGCUACUGUCGUGGCACAUGAAAUCGCUCACAGCUGGACCGGAAAUUUGGUGACCAAUAGAAACUUCGAACAUUUCUGGUUGAAUGAAGGAUUUACGGUGUUUGUUGAGGGAAAAAUCGUUGGUCGAUUGUUUGGCAGUGCAUCGCGAGACUUCCACGCUUUACAUGGAUUAAGUGAGCUAACGGAUUGCAUUAAAACACAACUUGCAAACACUCCUGAACUGACGAAAUUAAUAGUGGAUCUAAGUGAUUGCAGUCCCGAUGAUGCCUUUUCAACAGUGCCUUAUAUGAAAGGCUCCACUUUUUUACGAUAUCUCGAAGAUCAUUUUGGUGGUCCAAGCAAGUUCGAACCUUUCUUCAGAUCUUACUUGGAUAAAUUUAAGUAUCAAUCUGUUUUAACCACCCACUUCAAGAAGGAUUUAUACGAAUGGUUCCGUGGCGAUCCAGCAAAUGAAGUCUUAUUGGAUCGUAUCGAUUGGGAUAAAUGGCUCUUCGAACAGGGUAUGCCACCCGUGAUUCCAAACUACAAUCGCUCUUUACUGGACACCUGUAAAAAGCAUGCUGAUUUAUGGGCCGAGAAUGAGCUUGAAAACGUCAAGUCAUCGCCAAUACUCACAGAAAAAAUGACCAGCAUUCAAACCAUCGAGUUCUUAGCUCAACUUUUGGAGAAGAAACGAAUUGUAGAUUUGACUCAGGAAAAGAUUGAACUUUUGGGUCAAACAUAUGGUCUACAAGCAACCAGAAAUGCUGAACUGCGCUUCAGAUUUGUUCGGUUAUAUAUUCGUGGAAGAUUGAUUGACAAAAUGGACUAUAUUCUGAGCUUUUUGAAUAGCAAUUUCCGCAUGAAAUUCGUUCGACCAAUCUACAAGGAACUAGCCGGCUGGCCCGAAGCCAGACCAAUUGCUAUUGCAAACUAUUAUAAGGUUAAAGAUCAAAUGAUGUCAGUUUGCGCGUAUGGCGUUUCGAAAGAUCUAGACAUUUGAAUUUUCUUUUGUAUAUUAAUAAACUACAUCGAACUUGUUAAAUAAGAAUUGAUUUUCUAGAAAGAUUUGCAUUUGGACGCUGUUGUGGAUCGCGUGGAAUAUUCAUUUGAAUAUCAUCUAUGUGUUCCUUAGAGCGCCAAUCCAGAAAAAUUAGGGUGCCUCCAAUCGCAAGAAGAAGGGCUCCAAUGAUGGUCAGUGGCUGAAAUAAACGUAAAGCUUGAACAGGUAUUGUAAACAUUUUAAAGUGAUUUUCCAGAUUGCCAUCGUUCAUAGUAUACUACAACUAUAAUAAAAGACAUCGUUCCAUGUGUGUUUGAGUCUAUAAUGCUCUUUAAAUACAAAAUUUACCUCAGGAACACGAUCGAUAGGAAGUUUUUUGUUUGUACAUUUCGUCAUCGUGAUAAUUGACACGAUCAGCAUCAGUAAGAAAACUGUAUAGGCAAACGUUAUCUCUGCUAUGUGUUGUACAUUAAUGGAAGUACGUGAUUUUAUCACACCCAAUGCAUAUAUAGUGUAUGAUAGCAUUGCUAAAAUUGCACUUGCGGUUGUCGAAAUUAUGUACGUAUCAGCCCUGUUAGGAAGUUAAAAUGUUUCAUAAAAAUCAUAAGCUUUAAACGAAAAAUGUACCAGAAUUGUGAUUCUGUACAGUCACCGUAAGUAACGAAUAUCAGUCCUCCGAUGAUCAUGCAUAGCUUUUUGCGAAGAAGCGAGUAGAAUACAUUAGUUUUAAUAUGUUUUCAAUAAACAGUUUUUUUACAUACAA